AUGAUUGCCCCACAGCCCGAAAAGCCUCUGCUACUGUACCUAACCUCUACUCCUCGGUCUAUUGGAGCUCUACUUGUCCAAGACAUAGAUGACAUUGAGAAACCAGUCUACUACAUCUGUUGCAAAGUCAAUGAUGUCGAGUCGCGAUAUACUCCAAUUGAGAGGUAUUGUUUAGCCUUAAUCUUCACAGAGCAUAAGUUGCACCACUACUUUUUGGCACACCCGAUUCAGGUUGUGACCCGGAGUGAUCCAAUCCGCUACUUGCUGAGCAAGCCCGCUCUGACUGGAAGAAUGGCAAGAUGGCUCUUGGCUCCAGCAGAAUAUGACAUCACUUAUGUUACUCCCAAGGCUAUUAAGAACCAAGCACUUGCAGACUUACUGACCCAAUUCCUAUCUGGCGAACAUGAACCUGCCGAGGUACCUCUACUAGAUGAGGUCCAUGUAUCAACAACUGCAAUUGAGACUUAUUGGAACUUAAAAUUUGAUGGAGCUUCCGGAGCUAAGAAAGGUGGAGCUGGCGUGACACUAACCAGUCAAGAAGGAGAGAUGUUUUAUCUAUCAUAUAAGCUUGAUUUUGAAUGUUCAAACAAUGAGGCUGAAUAUGAGGCGUUAAUACUGGGUCUAAUAGCUGCCCAAAAGAAGGGCCUCCGCAAGUUAAAAAUUUGGGGCGACUCCAAGUUAAUUGUUAAGCAAACAAUGGGUGAUUUCGCCUUGAAUGAGCCUCUGUUGGCCCCAUAUCGCACUAUAGUUCAAAGGUUGCUCACUCAGUUUAAUGAUGUCCAAAUCUAG